AUGGAGAAGUGUUCUACCAUUCUUCAAGUUAUUGAUGAAGACAUAACUUCAGUUGAUACAUCUAAGUGGAAGAAGGUACGAGCAAGUGAUGCUGGAAUUAGAAAUUCAAUGAUUCCUGAAUCUUCUUUGAAUGUCUUGAGACUUCUCAGACGUCAAGGUUUUGAUGCAUACCUUGUGGGUGGAUGUGUAAGGGAUUUGAUACUGCAUAGAGUGCCAAAAGACUACGAUGUGAUCACUACAGCUAAUCUUAAGCAGGUCCGGGGGCUGUUUUAUCGUGCUCAGGUUAUUGGGAAACGGUUUCCUAUUUGUCACGUGUGGAUGGGAGGUUCGAUAAUUGAGGUGUCCAGUUUUGAUACUGUCGCACAAAGUGAUGGUGAGCAUGAAGAUGAUUUGGGGAAGUCCGUAGAGAACCAUGUUGUUCCCCAGAAUACAGAGGCAAACAAGAAUAGCAGCUUCUUGAAAAUGUAUUCGGGUUGUGAUGUAAAAGACUGCAGUCGCUGGAGGAAUAGCUUGCAGCGGGAUUUCACAAUUAACAGUUUGUUCUAUGAUCCCUAUGAAUUAAAGAUUUAUGACUACACCAAUGGAAUGGAAGACUUAAAGCAUCUGAAGCUACGUACACUUGUCUCUGCACAUUUGUCAUUCAAAGAAGAUUGUGCUAGAAUUCUCAGGGGGUUAAGAAUUGCAGCUCGAUUGGGUCUGUCACUUUCAAAGGAUAUUGAGACUGCGAUACCUGAAUUUGUAUCUUCUGUUGCAAAUGUGGGACAGUUUAGAUUAGUCAUGGAAAUGAAUUAUAUGCUUGCGUAUGGAGCUGCUGCGCCUUCAAUCCUCCUUCUCAUGAAGUUCAAACUACUUCACAUUUUGCUUCCUUUUCAGGCAGCUUACAUGGAUCAAGCUAGUAAAACAUCUCAAUUGAGUUCCUUAAUGCUAGUGAGGUUAUUCUCCAAUAUGGAUAAAUUGGUUUCCUGCGAGCGACCUGCCGACUCCAGACUAUGGAUUGCAGUGCUGGCUUUUCACACUGCACUAGUGCGUAACCCUCAAGAGGCUAUUGUACUGCGCGUUUUCGCCUCACUGCUCUACCAUAGAGAUUGGAGCAAAGCUGUCAAAUUUGCUAGAGAACAUGAAAAUUCAGUACCUGGAGACGCUCCUGAGCUAUCUAAAUCUUCGGGAAAGAUAUCUGAUGAAGGUCUGGCAGAAGCAGUUUCAGAAUUCACAUAUCUACUAAAAAAUACUCGAUAUGUUCUGACUGAAAUGGAGGCUCUUCGGGAAGCCCUAUGCCUAUACCCGGAUUUUAAAUGCUCUGGUCUGGUGUUUGUACCAAAGAAAAAGGGGAGAGAGGUAGCAGAGUGGUUUGCGAGAUUGAAUGAUGUGGAAUCUUAUGAAAGCAAAAAAGAGGGAUUCUCUAUUGACUAUGUCUCACUCGGAAAGGGAAAUCCAUGCGAAACAGGAUUUGUUCUUGGUAAAAUCAUUCUGGACACUAUCAUCGAACAGCCAAAUUCAGUCGAGAAGGAACAGAGCGUCAGAAAUCAAGUUGUUCCAGAAAUCAUCAUGGAGAAGAAGACUGAGUUGGUCAUUUCUAAACCGUCAAAGAAGGAUAACAACGGUCAAGCUCCAGUCCAUGGCUCAAAGGCAUCAUCUGUUUCUAAGGCUCAGCAAAUGAUUUUGGAGAGUAUGAGAGAAGACAGUGAGCACAAGAACGACCAAAAGACUCAGUUGUGUCNAGAUCCAACCUUCUCAGGUCCAGCAAAGGAUCAAGAUCAGCCUGUAGUCCAAAAGCUGAAAAGACGACGCAGCAAAGAAGCUCCAGUCUCCGAGGCGCCAAAGCCAAAGACUUCAAAGAGGUCAAAAUUAGGUGAGCAAGAGACUGUGGAAAGUCUCUCUGGUCCAGCAAAGAAUCAGCAUCAGCCUGUAGUCCAAAAGAGUAACAAGCAUGGCACAGAAGCACCAGUCUCUGAGCCUCCUAAGCAAAAGAGUUCAAAGAACCGUUCAAAGGAGACUCAGAAAGUGAAACACAACGACAUCCCUGUGAAGGAGAUUCAAGAAGGAAAACAUAGCUUCGACUCUGACAAAUCUAUGAGUGAUCUUCUGAAAGUUAUUGUGAAACCAAGUCAGCAAGUGUCCGACAAAGAGGAGAGCGACUCGUUAUCAUCAGAGAAGACAAAAAGACCGAGAAAACUCUCAAGUCUCUUCAGGUGA